GAUUUUACAUCUGUGUUAAAUAAAGCAACGCGAGUAUUUUUGUCAACAUGUCGGACAAUGAGGAUUUACUUGGCGACGAUUUAGGAGACCACAGUCUCGCUGAUUACAAUCUCGGCAAUGAGGAGGAAGAGCAACUCCUGGCCGAUGAUUAUGAUAGUGGACCGUCGCAAAACGUACCAAGUUCACUCGAUUCCUCAUACACUGAAGCUGCAGAUACAGUGCCUACUGGACAAAACUUAGAUUAUACUCAGCAAAGUGGGUCCUGCCAUUAUCGAGAUUUUUGCUUUGCAAUAAAUCUAACGCUAGUUACUAAUUUAAUUUGUUUUCUCUGUCUUUCUCAACAGCCAGUAUCAUACACACAACCGGAAUCGGAAUGUAUCGUACCUAAUAUAAUUGUCGAAGUUCCGAAUAUGACACAAACGGACUCGACUUACCCACAAUUCACAGGAACUACCGAACUGGAGCGUACUGUUCCAUCGGCGAUUCCGGCCACUCCAGCGGAAUCACCACAAAUUGUCCCAUCAGAAAUGCCUGCUGUGUCAAGAACUAAUGCACAACGCUCUCCUCGCGCACGGAAUAUUCCAGACUCUCUAGAUAAGGUGCUGGUGCCGCGCGGCGCGUUCCCCCGCGGCCGUACUUCGUGGCGCAGCCCGCACUACCGCGCGCCCUACCGCCGGCACCGGGGUAACUUCAAUCAACGCCCGUCAUUCCCCGCGCCACAAAUACGCCAACAAUUACCAAAUCCACAACCAAUCAGACCAGAUAUACCCGAAAUAAGACCGGAUUUACCCCAAAUGGGACCGGAAAUAUCACCAGAACGACCAAUCUUACCCCAAGAAAUGAUACCCGUCGAGAAUCGACAAUUUAACCAGAAUUUCCAAAGAUAUCAAUACCGUAACGAAGAAAGACCAAACUUUAACACAAAUGUCCGACCGAACUUUGAUCGGCCAAUGUAUUACCCACAUUCGUAUAAUCCAAAUCAGUUUACGCAGAAGGAAAUAAUUCCCAAUAUGCCCCAAGUGAUAAGACAGCCAUUACCGGUCUUGCCAGUUAACUUGCCAAAGGGCAGGGAGCCGGAAGUAAGAAUGUUACCAGUUUUACCCCCGAAUUUGCCAAAUUUACCAAAUUUACCCCCGGGAGGGUUAGCUGGCAAGAAAGUUUUGAUUAAUCCGCACUUCAAAGGGAGCUUCCAACCACCGGUCGAAGGCUUCACAUACAUUCCGACGAGGAUACAAAAAAGUCCGCCCCACAGCCCAACGCUGGAGAGCAAAUUCGGUACAAUAAAAGACAUAGACGACGCGGCCGAGAGAUUCAUAGCAGAACAAAGGAAUGCUUUAGCUCGGGCCGCUAGCAGGAAACUACCGAGACGAUCACCACAGAGAUACAUCGAGAAUACAACGAUAGAGAUCGAAAACGAAUUGGCUCGCAGCUCUGAUGAUAUGGAGCUGCUGCGGAGACAGGAGGAGUUCAUCAACGCCAACCGGGCCGGGCUCCGCAGACGUAUGCGGUCGCCGUCCCCCCCGCGGUCGCCCUCCCCUCGCCGCAGUCCGGAGAGGAGACCUCGCCCCCCAGACGAGGAGAGUGAGUACCGCAGGAGAGUCCGGGAACAAGAGACGUUACGGGAGAGAGUACUUCGGGCUAAAGAAGUUCGGAGGAGGAAGAACGCCGUCGCAUUACAGAAACAUCUUGCAGACAGGGAAAAAGAUCGUCAAGACAAGGAUCUACCAAGGGAAGGGGUAAAACAAACAGACAUACCCACCAAACCUACUCACCAAACUGACAUACAACAAGAGAAGCCGGAUACAACUAGAACUACGCCAGAGAAAGAAAAGGAGAUCCAAAAGGCGAAGAUAGAGAAAGAGGGAGAGAAGAUAGAGAAAGGGAAAAUUGAGAAAGAGAAGAGAGAUAGGUCUCCUAUCAGAGUAGAGAGUGCUGAGGCUAAUUCUACUAGUGAGCCGCUGACCCCCCCACCAGCGUCACCCCCACCAGCUUCACCCCCACGGGACCUCACUCCCCCUCUGCCCCCACCGCGCACCACCACCACCACCACCACCACCACUACUACAGCUGACAGUGAUGAUGAUCUGGACAUCAUUCUCGAUGACAUCGACGAUAUACUCUCCGAUGAGGACAGCGGACGGUUCAAGGAAAAGCGCAUCAAAGAGGAACAACCCAAACUAACAAAGAUAGAGAAACAAGUGGAUCUACGUUCGAAGUUGCCUCCUAAAACUGUGGAGGCAAAGAAACCGAGGCAGAAGAUCAUCUUCAAUGACAACGAUGAUAAGAAAAAGCGAGAGAAGUCUCCGGUACGCCGUAAUGUAUUGGAAUCUAAGAAGAACAACAGUGAGAAAGUUGAAAGUAAAGCUGAAAAGUCAAAAAUAAAAGUCGAAUUGAGUACAACAAAGUCGAGGCAGAAGAUUAUAUUUGACAAUAAAGAUAGCUCGCGCGGCGCUCGGCGCGUGGUGCUGCGGCCGGAGCCCAGCGCCGGCGCCAUCUUCAGCCGCGCCGUGCGCACGCUGGCGCCCGCCCCCGGCCCCGCCCCCGCCGCCCCCGGCCCCGCCCCCGCCGCGCUCGUGCGCAACCUGCCGCCCGGCAUCACCGACACGCGCCUGCGCACGCUGGCCGCCGACGCGCAGGUAACUGGGGCCCGGCCCGCGUGGGGCCCGCGUGGGGCCCGCGUGGGGCCCGCCGGGGCUGCCCCGUGGGGCGACACUGCGUGCGGCGCUGCUGCGCUGUCGGGCUUAGGUCAAAGGCGGCUGUUCAUAUAUUGAAAUAUAGUUUGAUUGAGCUUUAUACGCGAGGAACGUACUUGGGGCGUUCGUACGAUUUACAGGCAACUA